ACUUCUGUAGUUCUGGCCUGUGAAUUCAAUUAUCCGUUCUCUCUCCUUCACUACAUAAAAAAAUGGUCAUUGCUCAAAUCCUGGCCACUAAAUCAGAGACUCUUUAAAGGUGUUUCAUAAUCCUCGAAAGCAUUCAAUAUUGUCCACUACGAAAUAUUAGAAAGCGUAAUGUUUGAACAGUUCAGCUGUAGCAAGAUACGCGCCCAAGAUUUAGAGAUUAGAAAGAGUUUUAAUAGUGCUUAAAAAAGAAAUAAAUUGUAAUUGUAAGAAAGAGCAAGAGGUAUGGGGUGGGGGCAAAGCGAGAGAAAAUAAAGAAAAGAAAGACGAAAAGAGAACGUAAGAAAGAUGGAGGCAGAGAAAGGGAUAGAAAGACAAAGAGAGAGAUAAAGAGAAAAAGAGGGAUGAAAAUAGAAAGAGGAAGAAAGUAGAAAGAGAAAAAAAAGGACAAAAAAUGGCAUAAAAAGAGAGAGGGAGAGAAAGAUAACGAGGAAGGAGGCAAAGAGAGAGAGAGAGAGAGAAAUAGAAAGAGAGACAGAGAUGGAAAAAAGAGAAGAAGAUAUGAAAAUAGACAGAGAGAAAGACAGAAUAGAGAGAAACAAAGGGAGAAACAGAGAGUGAUAAAGAGAAAAAAAAAGAGAGAGUGAGAAAAAGAAAGAAAAUAGAAAGUAAGAGAAAGAAAUAGAGAGGAAAAAGGGAGAGGGAGAAAGAGAAAAAGAUACAUUAAAAAGAGUGUUAACACUUAGAUAGAAAUAGAGAGGUAAACAUAGAGACAGAAAGAGAGAAAGAGAGAAGAGAGAUGGAGAUAUAGUUGUAAGACAAAACAUAACCACCCCAUCUACUCCAUUAGUGAUUACCUGAGUGAUCACAGCGCCAGCCAACCGGCACAAAGAGGUAAAAGGCUCUCUUCUCAAACUGUAGUAUGUGGAACACUAGUGGACCACCUCAUUGCUUUAGCCGGUCAUCCGAGGACAACAUGUAACAAUAUAGCUCUAACUAGAUAAUACUCUGACAUGCUUCAGCUGUCUAUAAAAUUUGAGAACCUUCAAUUCUGACCAUGUUGUAGGCUUAUUAAACUUGUCAAUUUACCACUAUAUUGAUCCAACUGGAGCCGACUAUGCCAGGUUGCAAUACACAUUAGAAACUGGGGGCUCAGUAGAGUCACGGUGGAGGCUUACAAAGGAGCGAGGUUCGAAUCCCUGGUUACAGCAGACUAACAAGAGACGAUGACCAUCAUCUACCAGAACCGCGUGGCCACCACCUCACUGGGAGGUUUCCUGAAGCUGCUGAAGACUUGGCGGGGCAGUGUGUACAAACUGAUGUACAAAGAGCUGAUUAUCUUCUGUGUUCUUUACUUAUUUAUCAGCUUGAUCUACAGGCUCGCACUGCCGGAGGAACAUAAAAGGGUUUUUGAGAAAAUAGCCAUAGAGCUGAGAGCGGCCAGCAAUAUUAUCCCCCUUUCGUUUAUUCUUGGAUUCUACGUGUCAUUUAUUGUGGAAAGAUGGUGGACACAAUUCAUAAAUGUCCCAUGGCCAGAUAGAACUCUCUUUGUCAUGGCCGCCUAUCUUCAUGGAACCGACGAAAGAUCCAGAAUGAUGAGAAGAGCCGUAGCCAGGUACGUGAUGUUUGCCUUGAUUCUCAUCUGUCGCAACGUCAGCGUGUCUGUCAUGAAAAGAUUUCCUACCUUGGACCACAUCGUCACAGCGGGUUUUGUGACCAAAGAAGAAAUAGAAAUGUAUGAGAAAGUCAAGUGUAGGUACAUCAAGUUUUGGGUGCCAAUGGUCUGGGCCAAUCAGGUGCUGGUGACAGCCAGACGAGAGGGCAGAAUACAGACAGACUUCGGUCUCAGGAUGAUUAUAGAGUAUUUAGCAGACAUAAGAGACAAGUGUUCCAUUAUGUUUGUGUAUGAUUGGAUUACUGUACCCUUGGUAUACACACAGGUCGUCACUUUUGCUGUGUAUUCCUAUUUCGCCACGGCUUUGAUUGGUCAACAGUACCUGGACCCUGGCCAGAAGUACGAGGGCUACGAAGGAGAUUUUUACUUUCCUGGAUUCACCAUUUUACAAUUUUUAUUCUACAUGGGAUGGCUUAAGGUAGCUGAACAGAUGAUCAAUCCCUUUGGAGAAGAUGAUGAUGACUUUGACAUCAACUGGUUGCUAGAUAGACACACAGAUGUAGCCUUUUGUUUGACGGAUCAAUGCUAUGGUUUCCAUCCACCAUUUAUUCAAGACGGCUUCUGGGGAGAUGUCUCGAGAGAAGUCCCAUACACAGAGUCAUCUUUGGGAUCCAUAAGGCCGAAUUUUAUGGGGACCACGUUCGGCAUUCUUAACCCUGACCUGGAGGCUGAAGAUAUGAUAUUUCCAGAACACGAAGAGACCGGAUCAACACGUCACAGGAAGAACUCUCUGGCCGAGUCUGUAUUGUCAGCACUCCGCCAUCGAAACUCAAGGCCUCAAGUUCAUCACGGAUCACACGUGACCAUUACGUCACAAGCGUCAGGCGUCAACGGAACCAUAAACAGACGAAUCUCCUUUGACGAAAGGCGACCCGAAAUCAGACGGUCGUCUAUAGAUGUACCGUUACGACACGUAAAGGAAGCAGAGUUCACAAAAAUGCAAAGGAAAAGAAAAAUGAGUCUGCCCAUGCAGAUUAAUUUGUUCAACAGGAAUAAACCCAAGCGAACAUCGCCCAUGUUGUCGCCCAGACUAAUGAGCAGCAAGUCAAAGCAAAGUUUGGGGAGAGAAAGUGACGUCGAGUCAGAGGCAUUCAUCAAAUCAGGGGAAAGCACUCAUACAAUUAUAUCUUAUUCUUCGGAGAAAAUUUCGAGGCCACCAAUAUUGUCGGCUAUAGAAGAAAUCAAGUCUUUACCAAACGUCCCUAGUGCAGUCAGCAUGAGGCGCAUGAUGCUUGACUACGGCAGAAGAGGAUCUAGUCUUAGCGAUGACGACAGCGAUGUCUCAGAUCUGGACAUCGGCGGGGGGGACAACGUCAGCAUCAGAGAGAACAAGUAUUCCGAGUUCAAAGAGUCUGCCAUCCAGGAAGUCGACGAAGAGUACGUCACAGCAGCUGAAGCUAACAGUCCAACCUACUCGUACCUUGACCAGCCGGACUUGCCAGUGGUUCCACCCGAGAACCGCAUGGGGAGAAAGAGAAGUACCAAAGAUGAAGGAAACAGAAGACAAUGAGAAUCGACCUUUGAACCUGACCUUUGAUCCCUGACAUUUAAACCCUAUUACAAAUAGCAAGUGAAUUAGAAACACAUCAGAAGAGUUUGAUCUCUUUUUUUUUUUUUUUUCAUUUUAUUUAGAUUUUUCUUGCUGUGGAAGCAGGACUUGCCUUAGAUGAUUGGAGACCCUAGGUGAAUUGAAUUUGGUGAGAGCAGGGCCGGCCCUAGAUAAUUGGUGACCCUAGGUGAAUUGAAUUUGGUGGCCCAAAUGAAAUAGAAAAAUAAAAUUUAACAGCAAAGCAAAGGUUCUCAAUUUAUUUUAGAUCAAGUGGAGUCCAACAAUACAUUGGGCAUAGAUUUCUAAUCUUAAAAAAAAUGUUUUCACUUCUGUGCUAGGCCCCCACCAGCAGGAGGCCCUAGGCGGCUGCCUAAUUUGCCUGUCCCUAAGACCGGCCCUGGUGGGAGAUAAACAUUAUUAAGUUAUGUUACUUUACAUUCAGUUUUGCAGGUAGAAAAGUGUUAGAUGAACUGUAAGUUGUAUUUUGUCUUUUUGUUCCCCUCGAAAGUUAUAGGCCUAAUCAAAACAAGUUUUUCAAACUGAAAUUUCAAUGUCUGUGUCUGAUGUCUCGUGCAGAGACGAUCUCUGGGAUUUUUUUUUAUGACAAUAUUUUGUCUAAAAUGCAUCUUGCCUCUUAUCUUUCAUUAUAACCAAUUAGUCUUUGACUAUAUUUUAAUUUGUACAUUUGAUAUUGUUAAUUAAUAUAAAGAUUAUAAUUAUCCACUGUGUGUUCGAUAUUGUAACUUGUUAUUCGAUUGUUUGAUUUGUCUAUGGUUUAAUUUUUUAAAAGAUAUUUUCUGUUGUACAAAAUUAUUUCGUUUAAUUCUGGAUCUUUUCUUUACACUUAGUUGUUGUUUUUAAAUUAACUGAUUUAAUUUAAUAAGUUGCAGGCUAUAAAACUCUUUAUAGACCUACUUCUUUUUUAAGCCCCCACCCCUCCGCUUCUUCUUUUUUAAGUAUACACUCAUAAUCUUUGUAUGUUUUCCCUCGCUUUAAAACAUUACGCUUGAUAUUAUCAUUACACGAGUUUUACUGUCCAAGCAUGUAAUUGAAAUUACUUUAUGUAGACAUAUAUUUGUAAUAUGUCUAAACAGCUUUAUUUUAAUAUUAUUUUUUUUUUGGUGCAUGUGUGCAUGCGUAACUCAUGCACAAUGAUGGAAAAUCUAAAUACCAUUAUCGCGUUAUUUUUGUAUACUUAUUAAUACAUAUAAUAUGUUAAACUAUAUUUCGAUUGGCUCAGUAGGAAUAAUAAUUAUUAUAAUAAUGAUCAUCGUGGUUUGAUGGGGACCACAUUCGUCAUUCCUGGGGACGAAGGCUUAGCACUGGGGGUUUUGUGUCUCCUCUUGUGGAUGGUGAGACCUAUGUAAGCCGAGAAUGUUUUGUCUGCACUCUGGGUAGGUUAUUCCAGCUGAAGCUUAAGCUGUUGACUUGGUCUUUCUCUCUGGUGCUCUUUUUUUCUGCCAGACAUUGUCAGGCCUUGUGAUGUAUUUGGCAGAAGAUCUAAAGGUCAUCUGUUUACGUGGCCUAUGGUUAACGAGGGUAUCAUGUGGCCAGCCCAACAACCAUCAGUCUUUAUGUUUCCCCAACUAAUGUCAGGUUCUCCAUUAGAGCUGGGUGGACUCAAAGGCGCCCGAAGCCCAAAAU